UGAACCAGUCAGACCGAAGCAGCCUGUUAACCAAACACGCUGCCGCUGCUCUCGUCCAGUUCUCACCGACCGACAACGUCGCUGGAAAACUCUCACUUGUCUCACACUCUCUCCUUCUCCACCUGUUGAACUGAACCCCUCAGGAUGUCUAAAGGAACAGUGAUUCUGGCCUACAGCGGCGGGUUGGACACAUCCUGUAUUCUGGUUUGGCUGAAGGAACAGGGGUACGAUGUGAUCGCCUUCCUGGCCAACAUUGGGCAAGAUGAAGAUUUUGAAGCUGCCCGGAUAAAGGCCGAAAAGCUCGGUGCAAAGAAGGUUUUCAUUGAGGACCUGCGUUCAGAGUUUGUGGAGGACUUCAUCUGGCCCUCGGUUCAGGCCAAUGCCGUCUAUGAGGACCGAUACCUGCUGGGCACGGCUAUAGCUCGGCCCUGCAUCGCCCGCAGUCAGGUUGAGAUUGCACGCAGAGAGGGUGCCCAGUUUGUCUCCCACGGUGCCACAGGAAAGGGCAAUGACCAGAUUCGUUUUGAGCUCACAUGCUACGCCCUCUACCCUGAAGUUGAAAUCAUUGCACCGUGGAGGAUCCCUGACUUCUACAACCGCUUCCGGGGGAGAACAGACCUGAUGGAAUAUGCACAGAAACAUGGCAUCCCUGUGCCUGUCACGCCUAAGGCCCCCUGGAGCAUGGACGCCAACCUCAUGCAUAUAAGUUAUGAGUCUGGCAUCCUGGAGAAUCCCAAGAGUCAUGCUCCGGCUGACCUGUACCUGAUGACCAAGAACCCGGAAGAUUCUCCCAACACCCCCGAUGUCCUGGAGAUAGAGUUCGGAAAUGGAGUGCCUCUGAAGGUGACCAAUGUGAAGGAAGGCAAGUCCAAGAACUCACCGCUGGAUAUCUUCUCAUACCUUAAUGAGAUUGGUGGAAAGCACGGUGUGGGCCGGAUUGACAUCGUAGAGAACCGUUUCAUUGGCAUGAAGUCCAGAGGAAUAUAUGAAACCCCAGGAGGCACAAUUCUGUUGCAGGCCCAUUUAGACAUAGAGACCUUUACCAUGGACAAAGAAGUACGUCGGAUCAAACAGGGACUGGGUAUCAAGUUCUCCGAACUCGUCUACAACGGUUUCUGGUACAGUCCAGAGUGCGAUUUUGUGCGUCACUGCAUCAACAAGUCCCAGGAGAAUGUGCAGGGCAAAGUACAGCUGUCUGUCUUCAAGGGUCAAGUCUACAUCCUGGGACGAGAGUCACCCAAGUCCCUUUACAACGAGGAGUUGGUCAGCAUGGACGUGCAGGGAAACUACGACCCAUGUGAUGCCUCUGGAUUCAUCAGGAUUAAUGCUGUCAGGUUGAGGGAACACCAUCGUUUGCAGGGUGUCUCCAGCAUCAAGAAGUAACUGUCGCAGUCCUGGGAAUCGGCUUUCUUUCUUCCCCCCCCUCUCUCUGCCAGUGUCUUAGGCAGCAGCAGUAUUAGUACUACUAUUCGACUUUGUGCCUCCAUUGUCUAGUGUUGGUUAUAUUCAGGAUAUUUAGCACACUUUUAUUAGGUGGUGAAUAGUAUACAAAUCUGGGUGAGCAUUAUAAAAGUAUGUAUUUCGUAGAGUUUUCACAUUCUUGCCAUCAGCUGGUCACACAAAUAUUCAAACUAGGAAUUAUUUUGUCGGAAAUAAAAAAAAAAGAAGUGAA